AUGCAACAGCAGCAGCAGCAGCUAAUGCACCAGCAGCAGGAAUUCUUCAGAAACGUUAUGUCAUCCAUAACUGUCCAGGUCCCAUCAAACCCGGAAAUAAUUCUCGAUUCACUGGCGAAUAACAUAAAGGAAUUCCACUACUGCCCGGAAGAAAACAUCACUUUCACUGCCUGGUAUGCUCGUUACGAUGAUCUUUUUGAAAAAGAUGCCGCACGACUAGAUGAUGAACGACAGUCAAAAAAACUGAAAUCGCUAUUCGGUGCGGGUGAAUCUGUCAUCAGUAAGCGCUAUCGUUGUCUUCAAAUAGCGAAGCAGCCGUCGGAAGAUUUCGUCACAUAUGCAUGCCGAUUAAACAAAACCUGCGUCGAAUUCGAGCUCAGCAAACUUACAGAGGAACAGUUUAAGUGUCUUAUGUUUGUAUGCGGGCUUAAGUCGGAGGAAGAUAGUGAGGUGCGUACACGACUCCUUUCCAAGAUCGAGGAGCAUAACGACGUUACUCUGGAGCAUCUUUCGGAAGACUGCCAACGGUUGAUGUGUUUAAAACGGGACACGGCAAUGAUAGAAUCAACACCGACGUCAAUAGUUCAGUAUAUCGGUCGCAAACAGCAGUUCUCAAAUCGUCCGUCAAAACCUUCAGUAAAUUCUGGCAGCAGUGCCGAAAACAUACAAGCUACGCCUUGUUGGUAUUGCGGCGCAAUGCACUUCGUCAAAGAUUGCAAUUACAAAAGUCACGAAUGCGAAGAGUGCGGUAUCAUCGGGCACCGUGAAGGUUAUUGUUCUAGUGUAAAACAAAAUCGGAAAGCAACACACCGUAAACGCCAGCAGCCAGAAAGGUACGAGACAAAAGCAGUAAAUCUAUCAUUGAAUGCAGCAAACAAUAGGCGCCGAUACGUACAGUCGCAGCUCAACGGUGUGGAAGUGCAGCUUCAGUUGGACACUGAGUCCGACGUCAGUAUUGUUUCAAAACAAACGUGGGAGAGAAUAGGCAGACCACCAACAUCACCUGCUAGGAAAAAAGUAACGACAGCAACAGGAGAUCCCCUGCCGUUCCUGUUAAAAUUUGAGUGUGAUAUCUGCAUUAAUAAUAUUCAUCAGCAAGGACAGUUUUAUGUUAUGAAGAAACCAGUUCAUCUUCUUGGCAAUGAUUUGCUCGAUGCGUUCUCGUUAUGGACAGAACCAAUCAGUGAAUAUUGCUACAACAUUUUUAGUCAAACACAGCGCACUCAACAGUUCUACUCCAGGAAAAAGAUCACCAGCAGACAUCAUAUCCAGAACCGGUUUGGAAAAGCUUCGUCCACCGUUAAUAAUCGAAAAAGUGACACUGGAGUAAAUCGUCAGUACAGCAGAGGUGAUUAUGUGUACACCAAAAUUUUUAUCAAAAAUCAAUGGCACUGGACAUCAGGCAAAAUUUUGGAACGUGUUGGACAUGUAAUGUAUAAUGUUUUGGUAAACGAUCGCAAGCUGGUACGGUUUCACAUAAAUCAAAUUCGAGAUUAUAACACACACAGUGAACCAGUAUCAAAGAAACGUAAGCAGCUACCGCUCAGUAUCCUGCUAGAUGAUUGGAAUACCAGCAUUCCCGCUAGUGUCAAUUCGUCAGCACAGUCAACAUCAGUAAGCUUGCAGUCAUCAAAAGCGCAUGCUGAGGCACCGGUUGUCCCAGCAUUAUCAACAUGA